CAUGUGUUUUCAAAAGUUUUAUCAAUAAUUCAAUUUUUCCAAAUAAACAAACUUAACGGCAAAGAGUCGGAAGGAUUCUAGAAUUUGCGACUGAAAUUAAGAUGUCGAAACCCGUAUUUUUGGAUGUUGAUUCCAGCAUAGUUGAACAGAACCUUCGAAUAAACAAAAAUUCAGAGGAGGAUGACCUAGCUAAGCUGUUUGAUCAGAAAAAUUUCCCUUCUAAGUUAGUAAAACCAUCACCAGGUUUUUGUAUCAAAACCAAAGAGCUUACCGAUAAAGGAAAAGUAUUCGUUAACAUAUGUCAGACUGACGCCAUUCCCCCUCCGAAGGACAUUACGACCAAAGAACUUCAAGAAAUCCUCGAAUCCGAUGAACCGGGGGACUACAGGGUACCGAUGAGCAUCGGAGAAAUUAGAACGGAAAACGACAAGAAAGGAGAGAAAGCUAAAGUCUGCGAUGUCGCUGUGAAUCCCUCGUUCUUCAAGAAAGUUACCAACAUUCCGGAAUUCAAGAAUUUCUUCUUGGCAAUCGUGUUCCACGGUUUGCAAGACAAGUACAACUUGGAGUUCGUCGACGAGAAGAUCAUUUUGCAAAAUCGCAAAGUAUUUGGUACACUUCAGACGCACAGGAUACAACAAAGGGAAAUUGAACAGAAAAUGGGCGCAGGCGACAGCAAUCCGCUAUUAUCAGCUUUAGGUGAUAAAACACAUGCACCUUCGAAGAAACCUCUCAUAGAGACUAUUUCAAGCGUCGAUUCGAUUACUAAAGAACCCCCUUACAGACUCUAUAAAAUGAAGGAUGGACAAAAUUGUUUGUAUGGCGAAUUUCAAUUGCCAGGCGUGAUCUCAACUAAAGAAAUUACUCUCGAUAUUGGUGAAGACAGAAUUCUCUUGGAAUCAAAAUUAAGAGGAUACCUUUUAGAUAUCUUUGUACCUUAUAUUAUCAAGCAAAGAAAUUGCGCGUCCACUUUUGAUAAAACAUCCAAGGUUUUAAAAGUUACAAUGCCUCUUGUUGGCGGUUAAAUAUUUUGUAAUAUGCUUUGGAAAUUGUGGUUGGAUACGUUUUUGAUAAUUUACACCAGAUGAUUUGUACAGUUUCAACAGUUUGUUCUAGUCGAUUUUGCAUUUCAUUGCUGUUACGCGUGUAAACUUAUUACAGAUAAACUUCAUAUGUUUCG